AUGCCCCUUCAACAAAUUUCUAGUACAAUCUUGUAUUUCAUUUUCCUGCUUCGUUUACCAACAAUAUAUGGUGGUCUAGUUGCCAAACCAGGAUGCCAAAAUAUGUGCGGGAAUUUGCCAAUUCCUUAUCCAUUUGGGGUCGGGUCAAAUUGCUCGCUCGACCCGUCCUUCACCAUUAGCUGCAACACUUCCACAGAGCCUCCGAAGGCGUACCUUUCCAUCAUUGAUAAACAAUUGAUUGAAAUAAACGAGACGUAUGUUCGGGUCAAGUAUCCCAACUUGGUUUCGGUUUGCUAUGAGUCUGAGGGUGAUUCGUAUAAAGAUAGUAGUGUGAGUGUGAACUUGACAGGGACUUUGUAUUCGCUGUCCAUGUACACAAACCGGCUCACCGCCAUAGGAUGCGACGACGCUGUGCUGCAGUCCAACGGAACUUACAACAACGGGGGCUGCUCAGCGUUUUGCGAGGACCACAUCAACACUCAAACAGGGUAUUGUCCUUUUGAUCCUACUUCCAUCGGUAGUGGUUGUUGCCAGGCCCAAAUCGUCGGAGAGACGGGUUUAGUGGGAGCAGAACUAAUAGACUUGAGCAGGAAAGUGCAACGUAGGAAGCUUUUCCCGUGCAGCUACGCCUUUAUCCUGGAGGUCUCAGACACCGGAUUUUCGUACCCGUUGUUCUACCUCCAUAACUCAACCGCACUGCAAAACGACAAUUGGGCGUCGGCUACAAGUCCUCCAGUGGUGCGGCUGGACUGGAUUGCUGGGGUUCAAAACUGCAGCCUAGCAAAGCUAAAUCCUACUACAUACGCAUGUCGUGAUGAGAGGAGUUUAUGUGUUGAUGUUGCCAACGUCAGUAGAGGAUACCGGUGCAGCUGCGUCCAAGGUUACGAGGGCAAUCCUUACCUUCUUGGAGGCUGCCAAACGAUUGCAUUUCCCAGUUCAAUUGCAAGAACUGGGUGCCAGGAUCAGUGUGGGCAACUCUCCAUUCCAUUUCCUUUUGGAAUAGGCCAGAAUUGCUCUUUGGAGCCAUCCUUUGAAGUGUAUUGCGAUACCUCCGCGAACCCUCCCAAAGCUUACCUCUCUAUUCUCGAGAAGGAAAUCACCCACUUAAAUUUAUCACAGGUUCAGGUGGACUAUCCAACACUUGGUUACGCUUGCUACAAUCGGUCAGAUCGAAUCAUUAAGACGGAAGAGCAAAGCUUGAGGGUUGACUUGUCAAAAACUCAAUUCACGUUGUCGGAAGAUGGUUGGAUUUCCGUGAUUGGGUGCGAUGAUAUAAUGGUGGGUAUGACUCGAACUUCUGUUAGUAGUACAUGUGCAGCUGUUUGCAAGGAUAACCAAAUUGCUAACGAUUAUUACGCAUAUUGUCCAACUAAGAGGGAUGAGUAUUGGCCUGGCAAUGGCUGUUGCAGGGCACCCAUUCCCAGAGGCACCUCCUACCUAGAAGCCAAUUUGAGCGAGUUCAGUGGACGAUGGCCGCGAACCAAUUUUUAUUGUAGUUACGCCUUCCUUGGAACCAAGGAUGACUAUUAUCAAGCAACAUACCCCAUUUUGAAUAACUCAACACAAAUUCAAUCUGAUGAUCCACACAUAAAUUACCGACCCACCAUCGUUCCACUGGACUGGAGGAUUGGUGCCGUAAAUUGCAAAGACGCGCGAUUGAAUCCAACUGAUUAUGUGUGUCAGAAUAACACAGCCUGCAUUGAUUUUGAUGAUACAGUUAGAGGCUACCUCUGCAACUGCUCCAAAGGAUACCAAGGCAACCCUUACCUUAGCCCAGGAUGCAAAGAUAUCGAUGAAUGCGCGGAUAGUACAACUAAUGCAUGCGUUUCAAAUUCAAUUUGUGUGAAUGCUGUUGGAUCUUAUCACUGCUCAUGCCCCAAAGGAUAUGUUGGUGAUGGCAAGAAAGAUGGCACCCGUUGUAUUAAGAUGUCGCCAUCCAACACCAACACCAUAAUCUUGGCAGGUAUGGGCUCUGGAUUAGGAUUUCUUGUACUCGUCUUAAUGUCCUUUUGGUUGAUUAAAGUACUGAAAAAGAGAAGGGAAAAACUGAUUAAGGACAGAUUUUUCAAACGAAAUGGUGGUCUUCUCUUACAACAACAACAAAAGAAUGAAGGUACAAUUGGAAAAACAAAACUUUUCACUGCAGAAGAGUUGGAAAUAGCUACUGAUCACUUUAAUGGAAACCGAAUCCUUGGACACGGAGGUCAGGGUAUUGUCUAUAAAGGAAUGUUAUCGGAUGGUAAAAUUGUGGCGGUAAAAAAAUCAAAGUUGGUUGAAGAGAACCAGUUGAAACCGUUCAUAAAUGAGGUGGUUAUAUUGUCACAAAUCAAUCACAAGAAUGUGGUCAAUUUGUUGGGUUGUUGCUUGGAAACAGAAGUUCCUUUACUUGUUUAUGAAUUCAUGCCAAAUGGUAGCCUUUAUAAUCUCAUACAUGAUCCGAAUCAUGAAUUUCCAUUUCCAUGGAUCAUGCGUUUGAAAAUCGCAGCUGAUAUAGCAGAAGCAUUGGCCUAUUUACACUAUGCAUCUUCUGUAGCGAUCUAUCACAGAGACAUCAAGUCAAGUAAUCUCCUUUUGGACGAGAAAUAUGUUGUCAAAGUGUCGGACUUUGGAAUUUCAAAGCCUAUUUCUGCAGGUCAAACUCACUUAACUACUCUAGUUAAAGGGACGUUGGGAUAUUUAGAUCCAGAGUAUUUUCAUUCGAGUAAAUUCACUGAAAAAAGCGAUGUUUAUAGUUUUGGAGUGGUUCUUGUCGAGCUUCUUACUGGGAAAAUGCCAAUUUCCCCUGAUGAGGAAGAGGAGGAAAGAAGCCUAGCUACUCGGUUUCGUACGUGCAUGGUAAGAAACUGCCUCGACACGAUUUUGGAUCCUCAAAUUUUGGAGCAAGGUAGAAAGGAAGAGGUGGUUUUAGUGGCCAAACUUGCACAAAAAUGCUUGAAUUUGAAAGGGAAAAUGAGACCAACUAUGAAAGAAGUGGCUAUCGAAUUGGAAAGUUAUAGGUUAUCUCAAAGGUCUAUUAGAGUUGAAGAUGAAUCAGAAGAUGUGAGAGCUGGAGAUGACACAGAAGAUGUGAUAAUUUUUGAAGACAUUCCUGCAACAAUUUCAGACAAUGAGUUCACAUUGCCUGGUAGAUAG